AUGGCCGACCACUUCUACAACCCCAUCAACCACCUCACCCAAGCCGAACUCAUGGAGAAAUUCAACCUGGCCUUCUACGAAGCCCAAAACCUCACCAAAAACGACAUCAUCUCCACCUUCAACGAAACCAACCCGGAAACCACCCAGAUCGACGAAACAAACGACGACAGCCUCAUAGACUACUUGAUCUCCAACGAUGACACCCCAGCCUCGACCCCUAACAGCGAGGCGGACGUCAACUUCGACUUCAACGACUUCGUGGUCGACUUCGAUCAGAACCUGAGCCAGAGUGGCGAUUGCUUCGACUCAGAAACCUACACCACCGAGAGCACCAACGCAGAGUCCGACUUCAACGCUGAUUUCAAUUUCUCGCAGUUCUUCGUUCCGCCGCCGUUUGCCGAUGACAGGCGAAUCGAGGAAGAAGAAGAAGAGCUGAUUGACAUAGACCUAUGCGAGGAGCUGGAUUUGGAUUUUGACGGGCUGCAGACGGAGUUUCAGGAGCUGGGAGGCAGUGGUGAGGUCUUUGAAGAAGACAGAGGAAGUCUUCUGCCACCUGUAGGGACUAUCACCAAGACCAACGUGGAUUUCAAUAAUUUCCUGAGGAGGACGCCAGCUGAACAAGUCUCUUAUUUGAAUCAGGACUCCCUGAACAGAAACGACUUCGGCCACUUGAUAGGCACCACCAGCUUCGUCCCUCAGCCCUCCUCUGAGGAUUUCUUCCCAGAGGACAACCACAUGGUCCUCAAGCAGUCGGAGGCCCUCAUCAACGACGACCCACUGCUCAGCUCCAGCUGCCUGACGAUGAUCCCUCUGGGCAGGAGAGGCAGGGAGGAGGAAUGUGAGGAGGAAUGUGAGGGGUUCAGGGGCUCGGAGGGGUACCAGUGCAAGUGGGAGGGGUGCUACGGCACGUACGAGUCACAGGGCUCGUUGGUGAGGCAUAUCGAGAAGUGUCACGUGGAGCUGAAGAGGGGUGAAGAAUUUACAUGCUUUUGGGAUGAUUGCCCUCGAAAAACCAAACCGUUCAAUGCGAGAUAUAAGCUUUUGAUCCAUAUGCGGGUACACAGCGGAGAAAAACCAAAUAAAUGUCCGUUCGAGGGAUGCAACAAGGCCUUCUCGAGAUUGGAAAAUUUGAAAAUACACCAGAGGAGCCAUACAGGGGAACGUCCAUAUCUGUGCCAAUUUACAAGCUGCACCAAAAGCUUUUCCAAUAGUUCAGACAGAGCGAAACAUCAACGGACUCAUUUUGAUACCAAACCCUAUGCUUGCCAAGUGUACGGCUGCACGAAGAAGUACACCGACCCCAGCAGCCUCAGGAAGCACGUCAAGAACCACACUGUGGAAGAGCAGAUGCAGAUCAAGAGGCGAUCGAACGAGGAAGGCACGAAUUUCAUAUCCCAGUCGCUGGCCAAGAAGUUCCUGGACCCGAGCAAACAAAAGGCCGUUAAAGAGGUCGUCUACUAUACCACCUUCGAGCACAGCUACUCCCACACAUUGGUCGAGAAGAAAUGUGACUCGAUGAACAUCAAAAGGGAUUUGAAGAAUAAGAUAUCCGAGAAGUCGAGAAUGAGAAAGGGUGAUCAUACAAAUGAUCCUGGUAUGAAAGGUUUUCUUGACAAGGAGAAGCUGAGAAGAGAACUGGUGGAUUCACAAGUUUUCUAA